AUGACAAUUUGUGGAGUACUUCUUCUAAACAAAAACAAUGAACUAAUCGUUUGGACUCGAUCGGGAGGGAUUUAUUCAAUUGCUGAACAAUGCCGAGGAGCGAUUGACAGGAAACGAGUCGGGGAGUGGAUCGAUUUCGAGAUUGAGAAUGGAUUCGUUGAAAGUCUCACUUCUCGCGAUCGUACUGUUAGCGGUGGAAGAGCUACGCGACUAAGAGGAGAUAAAGUUCAGUUCCUUGGCUCGAUAAAAAUCCCCACGGAAGAAGAGUCCAACAAAAUCGGAUGGACCGAGCCGGCCGUCCAUUGCACAUUCCUCGGGAAAGUCUGCACGUCAUAUCAAUUCAUUUGGACCCUACGAAGCUACGAUUUGAGUCUCGGACACGAGUGCUGGGUUGAUUGGGAUCCAAAAACGGAACGCUUCAACCUAGCGGCCCAAACGGUUGUCGAGGCGAAACAUACAAAGUUUUUUGAGAAAGCUUACAUUCCCUGGGACUUGGAGAAUACGACGGAGUUGGGAUGGAAAUCCGGAAUUUUAAUGGCGCGCACAAAUUUCUCGAGUUUCGUUGCCACCGAAUACGGGGACUUCAUUUUAACGGCGCAUUCGGAGAGAAUUGGUGAUAAGCCACCAGUGAUUGGAUGUUAUUUGAAAUGCAAAUUGAGAAGCCACAAAGCUAAGCUCUCCGAUCAAAAUGUUGGGGAAGUGCUUGCCUAUGAGGUUUUACCGAUGCCUGAUGAUUGUGAAGUGCACAGUUUGCCUUUGAAUGGAGCUUUUUGCGUGCUCCGGUGCAGGGCAAAAGUUCUUCGCUUUCAAGAAACGAGAGAUAAAAGAGCUAUUCUGUUCAAUAGCACUCUCUAUGCUUGCCAUGAUACUGAAAGUUUGAUACGGAAUCCAAAAAUUGGUGUCUACUACGAUGUGAUCGUUCGACGACCGAAAGACGAAGAGUUGAUACAAUGCGAUCAAGGGUGGAAGAUUGUUAAAGUGAUGGGAGAACUCGAAGGAUAUGAAGAAAGACAAAAUUUGAGAGCACAAGACUUUGAUAGAGAAGAGGAAAUGGGUAGAAGAAAAGCCACGUCACAGUUUAAACGUCAAGAAGCGAAAAAUGAUGACGACUCGUUGACACAUGAAUUACGAGGGAUUGUGAUGAAUCAGGCAAAAGGAUACAACUUCAUCUCUUUCUCGAAUGAUAAGGAAGCCGCUUAUCAUCGGAAAGAUACGAGAAGCAAAGGAUUUCAAGAGUUGGAACUUGGUGGACACGUAUGUUGCCUCGUCAGAGACAUGCAAAGCUGCAGCGAAAACGAAACGCCUCGAUGUGAAAUUCUUAGCUACCAAACGAUUCCAUCUCCUGCCGGAUGGGGAGUUGCAGGGACCACCGAUGCUGGAUUAGCUAGGAUAAUCUGCCCAUUGCGUUUUCUCCACAUGUCACAAGGCCGCUCGGGACGUCCCUAUCCAAUUUAUCAGAAUGAGUUGAUGGAAAAGGUUCACGAUUAUGAUCGAAGGACUAUCGGCUUUGGAGAGAAGCUAGACCUUGAGCUGCUGAAACGUUUAAAGGUGAAGGCCGAAGUGAUUCGAAGUCGAGUUCCCGAAUGGAGAGGUCGAAAUGGGCUUCUGGUGCAUGUCUUGCUCGAAAAAGAGAUUGUCGACUUGGAUGAUGAUUGGCUUCAACAAGGGCGUAUUGUGGAGGAACUGGAAUCGGAGCGAAAUUCUGUGCCCAAUGAAAGCAACGAUCGUUUCGCUACAAAAUCUCAAAAACAAGAAUUGCGAGGGAUUGUGAUGAAUCAGGCAAAAGGAAUGAAUUUCAUCUUUCUCUCGAACCAAAUGGAAGCCUCGUAUAGUAUGCGAGACGCAACCCGAAACAACGCUCCAAUGAAACUUGGUGAUCACUUGGAGUGUGUUAUCAGCGAUGUAUUAACGUUUGAUGAUGUCAAAAAGAGAACGAAGUGUGAAAUUCUCAGCUAUCGGAUUGUCCCCACGCCAACUGGUUGGGGAUUCGAAGGGCAAACGCCUGCCGGGUUGGCAAAAAUAUCUUGCCCGCUGCGUUUCCUUCGCUUAAUGCCUCAGAGUUCAAACUUCUUCCACACCGAUUACCCGGUCUAUUGCAACGAUUUUAUGGAGGCUGUUCACGAUUACGAUAGGCUUUCGAUUGAUAGAAAUAAGAAACCCAAUGUCGAUGAGUUAAAGUCUGUAAAACUGGUCGCUGUAGUGGUUCGAACGAGAAUUCCCGGCGGUGGAGGGCGAAUAGGGCUGAUACUGACUGGAGUCUUGGAAAAGCACAUCGAGACACGGAGCGACGAUACGGAUUGGACAAGUGAAGAGACUAGCACAUGCAAAAGUCAGCCUCAACCAAGUCGCAAUCAAACUUUUUCUCACCCUACAGGAAACGACGACGAGUAUUGGGUUAAGCAUCAAGAAUUGGUUCAAGACAAAAAACAAGACUUCGAUCCUACCCAUCGACACCAAAAUGAUCGACUCGAGCCUCUAGCAAUGGAAAAACGGGGAAUAGUGAUAAACCAGGCCAAAGGCUACAACUUUAUCCUCUUCGACGAUAAUCUGAUAGGCACCUAUCACAUGAGAGAUGUGAGAUUAAACGGUUUGCCGCCACUGAAGCUUGGAGAUCACUUGUUUUGCGAGGUCGGAGACAUGAAAAACCGGUAUAAAGAGGCGAGACCCGAAUACAAAGUGCUCAAUUAUCGACUCAUGUCCAUGCCAAGCGGAUGGGGAUUCCAAGGACAAACCGAGAGUGGAUUGGCUAGGAUAAGUUGCCCGUUGUGGUUUCACGGUUUAUCAGAUCAGCCACCGAAAGGAAAACGUUUCUGUUAUCCAAUCUAUGGCAACGAGUUCAUGGAGAUGGUUCACGAUUACGAUCAGCGAACUGUUAACGCCGAAGAGAAGCCGAACAUACAAGCGUUAAAAUCGAUGAAGCUAAUUGGCGAAGUGGUGGCAACUCGUUUGCCAAACACUGGUGGAUUGCCCGGAAUCUUGCUGCAGCAAAUCCUUGAGAGACAUGUUGAAGCAAAUGCAAGCAAUCAAUUCUACGAAUCGGUAGAUGAAAGAAUCGAUGAUUAUCCAAAGAUCGAGCAAAGAGAUCCUCAACCCAAGUAUCAGUUUGAAGGAUAUGUCCUCAAGAAGUGGGGUUUCUUCUUGGUGAUUUGGGUGACGGACAACCGCUUGGCGGUCAUCGAUACAAGAAGUUUUGCGAAGAAUGACGUGCCUGAGUUGGGAUCUAUCAUCGAAUGUGAUAUUGUGGCAAUGGAUGCGCCGAUUCUUGACCAGAAAAUGAUCUACAAAUGGGACGUGAUCGCAAUGGGACGAUUUCGACGAAAUUCUCGCGAUUCCAUCGUUGACACGGAGAAAUCUAUUGUCUUCUGUCGAGAACUGAUCUUCGAAUCAUAUCGCUUGGUCAAUGGGAAACCAAUUGCCCACUUUUCACAUCCAUUCUUUGGGUUGAUUUACGAUAAACAAGGAGUUUUCAAAGCGUUUCCCCAACCUGGUGACCUAAUCGACUCCUACAUUCAAGCGAUUCCCGAUGGAGAAUCGAGUCUGCAAUGGGCUAUUGCUGAUCCGGAAGACAACGAGAAAUCUCUUCUAAAAUUGCCACCUCGAGCCAUUGUUGCACCAUUGAACUAUAUAAGAAUUGUUGACGAUGAUGAUGAGGAUGAGGGGAAUGACGAAACGGCGCAUAUAGGAAGAGGAAUUGACGCUCAAUCGACUUCAACGUAUGGAACGAAUGAAGAGAUUGAACAGAUAACUUCAAGUACGAGUGGCCGAACGACUGGCAAAGAAUCAAAUCAAACUCCAAUAGAGAGGAGGGCAAAGAGUUACGAGGAAUUGCUGACGACAAUCGUCAACCAUCCCGAAAUAGCUCAAGUGGUCUACAAAGUGAAUCCCGACUUGUUCGCCGAGUGUCUCAGUUUGAAUAUG